AUGGCUCCUGCAAAGAAACGCGCAGCAGCCGCAAACCGAGCCAGCAAACCAGCCGAGACCACGACGCGUCGCACGAGUGGGAGGACGACCACUGCUGCUGCUGCAAAAGCGACAAAAGCGAAAGCGCCCGCACGAAAAGCCUUGGCAGAGAAGACGAAUAAUAUUCCAGAGACUACUGCGCAAGGAAAGGGAAGGGGAAGGAAGCGACCGGCUGCGGAAGAGCUAGAAACGCCAGAUACCGAGGAGCAAGACGAGAUCGUGUCCGAUGCUGGCGCACAGCCGAAAGGUGCCCGGGGUCGCCCUAGGGCUACCAAGGCUCAGAAGGUCUCCGAGCCUGAAGAUGAACCGACCGAGCUUGAGCCUGAACCAGUAGCACCACCGGCUGCUAAGAGAGGGCGGAAGCCAAAGACUAAGGUUGCAUCGCCACCUGCAGAGAAGGAGAUCCCCGAGACACACCAACCAGAGGACGAAAUCCCAGAGACUCAGCCAACUGAGGAACUUGACCUGAGCAUGGAGGAGGACGAGCUGGUGGAUGAGUUGCCGCCUACAUAUAAUCGCGGUGUAUCAUCUUUACAGCGCACCCGGCCGCCCGUUCCUUCCAGUGCAAGUCAAAGACCAAUGCAAACCAAAGAUUCCGAUCUCCACGAUCCCUCAUUGAGAAGACGAAUAGGGGACCUGACCAAGGAACACGAGAGCUUGAGGGCAAAGUAUGCUCAGCUUCACGACAUUGGGAUCAACGAGGCCGAGCGGAACUAUGAUCGACUGAAGAAGCAAGGAGAAGAGAAGGCUAGCACUGGUAAUCAGCUCAUCGCCACCCUCAAGGCGCAACUAUCCACGCAGACAGAGCUGGCUAAGGAAUCCCAACAACUGAGACAACAGCUCGAAGCCAGCCAAAGCAAGGUCGAAGAGUUGCAGAGCAAGAUCAGUGACCUGAACGGCUCAUUGACCGAAGCCAAGGCGGAAACCAAGACGUUGUCGACAAAGCUAGGAGCUGCUCGAACAGCCGCCAGCACAAGCGCAAAGGUUCCAGGCAGUGCGAUCAAAGGCGCCAAUGCCAAUGGUCGCCUGGUGGCCGCCAAUGCAGAGGCGGCUGCUCAGCUAGCGCUGACGAAAGAGAACCUGUACGGAGACUUGACCGGGCUGCUGAUCUGUGGCGUCAAGCGUGAGCACAACGAAGAUGUUUUCGACUGCGUUCAGACGGGCAGGAACACGACUCUCCAUUUCAAACUUGCAAUCGGAGUAGACGGUUCAUCUGAGAAGCACGAUGAUGCGCAGUUCAUGUACAUCCCACAACUUGAUCCGAAAAACGACCAAGAUCUGAUCGACAUGCUGCCGGACUAUCUUGUCGAGGAGAUAACUUUCCCCCGACUACAUGCUGCAAAGUUCUACCAAAGAGUCAUGAAGACUCUGACAGAACGUCCCGAGUGA